AAAAAAUGAUUUCAUCUUUGUUUUGGCCAUAUAACACGCAGAAAUUUACAUUAAACUCAAUUUUGUGGCCAUUGUCACAAAGUUGGCUUAUGCUAAUUAAAUUAAACUUUAGAAAAUCAACAAGAUAAACAUCAUUAAUGGUUAAAUCACUUGAAAUACCAAUUGUACCUUUACCGAUGACCUAUUCCUUGCUUUGUCUCCAAGAGUCACAUGAUCGUGGCUUUUCUCCUUGAGAUAGCGGCAACUCAAGAAAGAUUCACAAACAUAAGCUUGGGCUCCUCACUAACGCCAACCACCAAUUCUUCGUGGCUUUCGCCUUCCGGGACCUUCGCUUUUGGGUUCUAUAAGCAAGACGGCGGCUAUGCUGUCGGAACAUUCAUAUCCGGCAGCGGCAUACGCGAGAGAACCGCCGCCGUCUGGACGGCCAAGAGAGACAGCAGUCCCAUUUUCCCGUCGAAUUCCACUUUGCUACUGAAGAAGGAAGGAAGGCUAGUUGUGGAUGCAGGACAAGGCACAGAGGUUGACGUUGUAGAUCGCGGACUUGCCAUUGGAUCCGCUUCCAUUUCUGACAACGGGAACUUCGUACUCUACGGAUCUGAUCGGGGCGUCAUAUGGCAGAGCUUUGACAAUCCGACAAACACUCUUUUGCCCGGUCAGGUCCUUGCGAACGGGAGACAGCUGGUUUCCAGCAUUUCCGACAGUGAUGACAGUGAAGGGAUAUUCCGGAUCGUGAUGCAGGGUGACGGGCAUCUUGUUCAGUACCCGGUUGGGACUUCGGGCACGGCUGAGAAUUCUUACUGGGCAUCUGGGACUGCUGGAACAGGGGAUAAGAUCACUCUUAACCUCGAGCGAGACGGCCACCUCUACUUGAUCAAUUCCACCAUCAAUAUCAUCAAGAACUUGACUCGGGGAGGCUACCCGGAGGAGAAAACAAUCAAUCUUGCAAAAAUUGACGCAGAUGGCAUCUUCAGGCUUUACUCAUACCCUCUCGGCCCAGGAAACCGGUCCGUUUUGUGGUCAACAACGGAAGAUAAAUGCGCCCCAAAGGGGCUAUGCGGGGCGAACGCCUUCUGCACUGCAAUGGACAAUCAGGCCGAAUGCAAUUGCGUUCCAGGGUUCGUCCCUGUUAGUCCUGGAAACUGGAGUUCCGGUUGCCAAAGGAACUUCGCCUCGAGGAGCUGCCAAGAAACAGGAGGAAAUGGCUAUGAAAUGAGGGCAUUGGAGAACACAGUGUGGCAGACCAAUUCAUAUGCGACUUUCAAAGCCUCAACGCGAGAAGACUGCGGGAACGCCUGUCUAGAGGAUUGUAAUUGUGAGGCGGCCCAGUUUAAGGAUGGAGAUUGCAGAAAGGAGAGGCUGCCCUUACUUUACGGGAGACGAUUAAUGACUGAUUCUAAUGCAGCUUUAAUCAAGGUCGGGGGAAUCCCGGCCAUUGCAGGCGGAGACGAGUCAGACGGCAAGGCCCCUUCCCCUGUUGAUCAUAAGAAACAUAUAAGAGUAGACAUCUUGAUUGUCAGCAUUUCCUUAGUAUCUUUUUCUCUGCUGAUUCUGGCGAUCUCUGGGUUGCUUAUACUCAGAAGCAGAGUCUGGAGGUAUAAAGAUAUAGUAGCAGAGAACAAUAGAGACGGCUGUCAUUCUUUCGAGGAUGAAAUCGGCCCCCGGGCUUUCUCGUACGCAAAACUGCAGAAAGCAACCAAUGAUUUCGGAGAAGAGCUGGGCAGAGGGGCAUUCGGGACGGUAUUUAAAGGGGUUCUAGAAGAAAGCAUGAAACCAGUGGCCGUAAAAAGGCUUGAAAAGCUUUUGGCAGAGGGCGAAAAGGAGUUCGAGAACGAGAUGAGAGCGAUCGGGAAAACCCAUCACAGGAACUUGGUGAAGCUUCUUGGUUUUUGCAUAGACGGGACCAAAAGGUUUCUGGUGUAUGAGUACCUGAGCAACGGGUCACUCGCGGACGCGCUUUUCUCGGGGGAGAGAAGGAGGCACAGCUGGGAGGAGAGGGUUGGGAUUGCCCGAGACAUUGCAAGGGGGCUGCUCUACUUGCACGAGGAAUGCGAGACACAAAUCAUCCACUGCGACAUAAAGUCGCAGAACAUACUGAUGGACGAACGAGGUGUCGCGAAAAUCUCCGACUUUGGAUUGGCGAAGCUGAUGAGACCGGACCAGACAAAGACCUUCACCGGAGCCAGAGGGACUAGAGGGUAUGUCGCGCCAGAAUGGCACAAAAAGGGGGCGGUUACUGUGAAGGCGGAUGUGUACAGCUUUGGGAUUGUGCUCCUGGAGCUUAUUGCCCGGAGAAGGAGCCUGGAUUGGAGCCUAGGACAAGAUGAAGCGGUUCUUGAGGAGUGGGUUUACAGUUGCUUUGAGAGUGGGGAGGUGGGGAAACUGGUCGGGGAUGAUGAGGAUGUGGAAUUGGGACAAGUGGAGAGAAUGGUGAGGAUCGCCAUGUGGUGCAUUCAAGAUUCCCCAUCUCUCCGACCUUCCAUGAAGAAAGUUUUGCUGAUGCUGGAAGGCACUGUGGACAUCCCAAUUCCCCCUAGUCGUUCUUCAUUCCUUAGCGCCAUUUAGUUCUCAACUUUAACCAUCUCCAUUC